AUGUCUUCCGUCAGGUUCGAUCUUGUUUUUGAUACUUCGACUCGUGUAUUACUUAUCAUUCGUGUCCCUUUACGGGUAUUUCGUCUCGAGGAAUAUAGUCAAACUACUUACGAGGAAUUUCUUGAGCUGUUAGAACUGGUGGCGGUGGGGCGAGUCGGUGGCGGAUUGUCAGAGGAAACCAUUAUGAGACAUCUGAAAAUAAGAAGUCAUGAUGUUACGAGUAAAAAAAUGGAUGAAGAACCUGACAUAUGUGUUAUUUGCCAGGAUGAGUAUGAAAAAGAUGAAUUGAUUGGAGGUCUUCAGUGUCGGCAUGAGUAUCACGUGGAAUGUGUAAAGAAAUGGUUGAAACAGCGUAAUAGUUGCCCCCUCUGCAAAGCUGAUGCGGUUCCACUGUCGACAUGA